CAAUCACGUUGUAAAGGUUGUUGAAAUGGCAGUGAAUGAUGACGAAAUAAUCAAGAGGAGACUGCUGUAUGAGGGAGAUGGAGGAAAUGAUGACAAGCGAAUUAAUAGCCUCCUUAAGACUUUCAUUCGAUGGUGCAACUCAUCAGAAUCUCCAGAGGAAAACUCUUUGGGGUUUGAAAGAAUGAUGGCAACCCUGACUCAGUGUGAACACACAAUGGAGAAGUCUUUACUGGUGUACAACAUGAACACAAGGGAACAGGAAAACUACAACCAGCUAAAUCAGCAAAUAGAGGCAAAGAUAGAGGAAGCCAAAGAAAAGAUUUCAGAAUGUAAAAAUGAAUUAUCACAGGCCAAACGCAUCCGUAAAAAUCGACAAGAGUAUGAUGCUUUGGCUAGAGUGAUACAGCAACACCCAGAUAGACAAGAUACAAUGAAGCAGCUACAAGGAUUAGACAAAGACGUGUCAAGUCUGGAGGAGCAGAAAAAGUCUCUAGAACAAAAGCUUGAUUUAAGAAGGAAGCAGUUCCAUGUUCUGAUUGCUGCUAUUCAUGAGUUAGAGAACAUACUGGAUGAGGAUGAAAAUAAAGAAGAGGGUGCUGAAAAAAUGGAUACAAACUGAGGGACUGGUUGUAUUCACAAAAAUCCGGCAAUAUUUAUUGUUAAAGAAAAGCUACCUUUAAGGUGCAUAGAGGGUAACACCUAGAACCCCUGGUACACAAGUUCACUGUGUACCAAGUAUUAACUUCUCAAAAUUGAUCUCAAGUUUGAGAUUGUGAUGAUUCAUGAUGAUUGUGUCCAUGAAUCCACAGAUUAAGCUACAGUUUGUUUUAUAGACAAGCAUAUGUAUUUUCAUGUAUUGUGAAAUGUUUUAUUAAUAAAUGUCAAAUGCUGUUUAAUAGUGGUCAGUAAAAUUAAAAAUCUGAAGACUUA